UAUCUAAACAUUGGAAUAAAGAGUAGCAACUCUAGUCGGAAGCAAGCCAUCUGCCACUUUAGUUGGCUAAUUACCUCGAGUGAUACAUUUAUAAUUCAGACACUGAAGACAAAGGGAGCCGGAAGUGCCAGAAAAUGACAACCUACAUUAAUCUCCAUGGAACGGUGGCUCACAAUCCACCACCGUACACCAUGCCGCUAGCCGAACCCAUCGUCGUCCAACCACUUCGGAUCAACGUCCUCGUUCCAGUUGAGCGACUCACUACAGCUCUCCCGUUGGAUUUGGAUUUUCUUAACGAUACGGAAGUUAUCCGCUUCCGCCAAGAUUCCGACAUGGUGGAGAUCUUUUGCCGUUGCUCGAUGCCCAUCAGCUUCGAGCUGGUCGACCAGAACGAUCACGUGCUCCUGAAAACGAAAGAACUGGACAACUGUCCCAUGCGGAACUGUGUCCCACAGGGACUCCGGACGGACACGUUGGUCAGCAGGCCGAACGGCUUGAACGUUCUUAAAUUUAAACGCGAGCCACGUUGCGUGCUCAACUGUUGUUUACCGUUCUGCUGCAUUCCACUUCCGUUCAGCAACGAGCGGUUGACGGUUUCCGGUGCCAACGGAACCACGCUCGGUGUAAUCCGGCACGAUUGGUCCGUUUGGCGAUCCCAACUAAGCGUGCUCAACGCGAUGGGAACGGUGCUGUUGAAGAUCGGAGGACCCCCGUUUAACGUGGGAUGUUGUGACGAUCUGGUGUACACGGUGCAGAACGUUACGGGACAGUUUGUUGGGAGCAUUACGAAGAAGUACUCCGGACUGGUUCACGAGAUGUGCACCGAUUACGACAGUUAUGUACUGAGCUUGCCCAGAGACAUGGACGUGGCGUGUAAAGCUUUGCUUAUUGCUGCGGUUUAUCAUAUUAACUUUUUGUUUUUUGAAGGAGCACUUAGAACGGUGCCGGCUCGGGUUGCUUGUUUGGCGGCAUGCUGCAAGUGCAAUGAUAUAUGUCCCGGAAGUUUAUUUUUGUUUUCAUUGCUGGAAUAA